UUCUUUGAGGCAGGGCGGGAAAUGCGUGAAAAAGGCACAGUUGCGCAGCUAGCCUCGGCGCUCCCGGAUAAGCGCAAACUCCACGCGAUUAUCCCCUUGGAGUUGCAUCGCAGCGCGACCCUAACUCAGCCAGAAUUCCGGCCAGCCUCUUUCCGCCUUGUGGGGCUCUAACUUGUGGGGCCGCCCCUUCCUCUCUAGCUCUCCCCUGUUCUUCGAGCCUCCUCGGCAUUUGCUUCCCCCUCCAACCUCCUCCCCUCGGAUACGGCCGCCCACAAGCGCCGCGCGGGCCAAUCGGCGUCCCGUAGGGAUCCCCAGGGGUCGGCGGAAAGCGGAUUCCCGCAGAACUCCCGCCGGAGACUCCCUGUCGCGAUGGGCCGAGGGAGGGUGUUGGGUCUGGUCGCGAGCGACGUCCGCUUCCCCACGUCCCUGGCCCGCCAUGGCUCAGACGCGAUGGUAAGCGCUGCGCCCGGGCGCGCUCUCUGCCAAGGCGCCGCGCCGCAGCCCGAUCUCCGACGGCUCCAGCAGGGCAGAUCUCCUCGGGCGCCCACUCUAGAUCUCGCCGAUUGGGCUCGCCUGCCUCUCUUGCUUUCCUCCCUCGGCCGUUUUCCCAAGCUCAACGGAGCUGCGGAAGUUGCAUCUCCUAGUUUUAAGUGGGUUAGGAUGCUAGUCGGUCACUUUAGACGUGUUCCUGCUUUCUGCUCUUGGAUCUGUCGUGAUUUAGACACCACGCUGCUUGUCCCUUUACGCAGCUAGGUUUGAAUGGGCAAAUAGCUUCAUGACAGGUAUUAUCAGCCCCGUGCAAGCUUGUGUGAGGCCCGGGGUGGGAGUCUUGCUGGAAUAAAGUUAUAAACUCAAACCAAAAAGCAUCCAGUGCCAUGGGCGUAGCCAAGAUUUUUCUUGGGGGGGGCAGGACUUUGUUAGGGGCGGGCAAGACUUUUGUUGGGUGGGCAGAACCGAAGUGAUUGGUCAGUUAAAUAUUUCUAUUGUUUUACCUGACGGGGGUGAGGGAGCUGGCCUCCCCGUCCCCCCUUGUCCAGUGCCGUGGGGGGCAGGGGAGUUACGGCCAGCUUAUCCCUCUGAGGUUGGGGCAAGUGUACCUGACUGCCCCCACCUCUUCACCUCUUAACUAAAAUUCUAUAACGCCCAUCAUCUGAGGAUCACAUGAUGGUUUUACAAUAUAAAAACCAUAGUAACAAACACAAACCAUAACCGCCAUACCCACAGGGGAGAAACUACAUCAUGUUCUAUAUGGAACUACACUGUUCCCUUUUAUUGUUAGUAAAUUCAUAGGGAAAUUUCUUCAUGAAGAAAAAGUUGCUGCUUCCUGUUUGAAGGCUUUCACUGCCCUUUCCUACAACACUGAUGGUAAAGAGAUAGACUACACCUUUUGAUUUAAAACAAAAAACAACAACCCUUAUUCAGAAAAAUUGUACUUGGUGAAGAUGUCUAUGUAAGAAGCCAGAUGUAGGGGGUGUGUGUGUGUGUGUGUGUGUGUGUGUGUGUGUUUUGCUGGCAUCAAUAUUGGUUGUUUUUGCUCUUCCAUUCAGCACCCCGACCCAGAUUAUUCUGCAGUUUAUGUUGUAAUAGAAACAGAUGCUCCUGACGGGCUCAAAGGUUAUGGCUUAACAUUUACGCUGGGCAAAGGGACAGAAGUGGGUAAGUUAUCAUGCUGCCUCCGAUUUAAAUUAAUCAUCUUUUGUGAGAAUGACAAUUCCUCAUUGGAAAGGGCCUCCAAGAGGAAAUCUAAGUUCAGGAGCUUUCUUGAUCUUUGUACUAAUAAGUCAUGUAUUGCAACUGCUCCGCUGCAAAGCCAUAGAGCACUGAAGCCUUUUGGCCAAGGGUUAGAGAAUUUUCAUUACUUCUGUUAGUGUUAAUACUACUUCAAUACUGAGGGUACCUACAAAACUCUUGCCAUUUCCUGCUGCCUUAGGCAUGGCAUUUAAUGGCAAGCUAUCCUUGCAGCUCUCAACUGCAGGUUACCAAAGUGUUGUUUUAAGCAGCCUCCAUUUUUCCAGCAAUCAUGAUGAUAUUUUAAAAGCUGCUUUCCCUGAACAUCAGCUCAAACAUGCUAAUGCCAGCACUCAGCAGGGUUGGUAGCACUGAUGUGAAGUUGUUGCAUUCCUUUGGACUAAACCAUAGAGUUAAGAAGCUUUUAAACAUAAAUCUCAUAUUAUUGAAGGGCUGCCAUUAGUGGACUCUAUCACCACCUGCUGGCUACUUCCAGAGGGGCAGCCAUAUUUGUUUAUUGAUGCAAAAAACAAAGCUUGUGGCUUCUUAAAAACCAACCAGAUGUCAGGGCUGGGAAACCUGUAGGCCUUUUUUGAAUAAUUUCAGUCACCAGGUGAAAAUAACAGCCCCUAUGGGUGUAAGAGCCUUCUGGAUCUGCAGAUAAAAUUUAUCUGAUAAAUAAACAUUUUCAAAUUAUGUUUUCGUGUGGUCUUGACUUUACAUCAGUAAAUAUAGACCUUGACGCCUUUCUGCUGCAUCUGGAACCUAAUAUUUAUUGUAAAACAGGGAUAGGAAACUGUGGCCCUUCAUAGGUUAUUUGACUCCAGUUCCCAUCAGCUCUAGCCAGCAAGUUACCUCACCUCACACGUGUCUGUUUCAGAAUGACUGGAUGCAAACUGCCCCAUCUCUUCCCACAUUUAAUGUUCUCUCACGCUUCGAUCUUGCCACAUGCACUUCACAGACCUGUAGCACAGUCCUGGGAAAACUCUACUUAAAUUUCAUGCCAUUUUCUAAUCAUACACACACAAUGGGCACUUCUGUGGAUAAUGUGUACUCUUCUGUUUCCCAGAAUUUAUUCUGAUCUAGUUAUCUGUGUAGAGUUACAUGCCAUUUAGCAAUAGAGUUCAACCUGGAUAAAUUUUGCUUCUUUUAAAACAAAUGAAAAGUUUCUUAUGCUCAUCAUCAGUGGUGUGCUUUACAUUUAAGGAAUAACUGGAAAGCACUCUUAAGCAGUAGGUGAAAUUCUAUCAUUUACCAGGGUGUGUGUGUAUAAAUGGUGAUGUAAAAUGUGGCAAACAUGAUCAGAUUUAAAGCAAAGGUUUUAACACACAACAGUUGCAAUCCCCCCCACCUGCCCCUGCCCCCCGUAUAUCUUAUGCCAAUGCAAACUGCUGAGCAAUUUCCCCAUCGGUUUGGGUUUCUGCUUAGUAUAGUAACGUCUUAGCCACCUGCGGUUCCUUCCGAUCCCAGUGCAACAACAACAGAAUCAUAACACUGGUCAACAACAAAUUUGUUGUCUGCAUUUUUUCAGUUGAUUUAGGAUGAAUCUGAUGCGCUGAAUCCAAAAAUCACAUUGGUUUUGCUCAAUCAGGUCAAGUUUUUGAGCUAUGGCCACAUGUCUUUUUUUACGUUUUUGUUCACAUGUACGCUUGUGUGGAGCAUUUUAGAAGAAGCUGGUGGGGGUAAAAUGCCCUGUCGAAUAAUUGUUUUGAUUGGAAAUGAUUAUUUUAAUGACAAGAAGUAUUCAGGUCCGAUAGUUCUGGGUGAUUAUGUCGAAAAGGGAUCAGUUUGAAGUCAUAAAACCUCGAAAUCUUCCAUAAAUUGGUGCGGCAAAGCAUUAAGUUGGGGGAUCAAAACUAAGUUAAUCCUGAUCUUCAAUCAGCACGUCGUCCUAUAGCUCAUUGUGAUGAAAUUCCAGUGCCUAUCUUCGGAGAACUUCCUGACAUUAGUGACGAAGAUGCCUCCAGUGUUGAAGGACAUGAAGAAGAAGAAGUGGUUCUUGAAGAUUAUGCUCCACAUCCAUUUUCCCAAAAGGAGUUGAAUGAUCUAGUUCACGACCUCAGCUUGUCAAAUGACUCUGCCGAACUGUUGGCAUCCAGAUUGAAGGAAAAAAACCUCCUCUCUGACAGUGCUCGCAUCAGCUUCUUCCGCAAUAGGCAUCAAGAGUACCUCCGUUUUUUCUCGGAAGAGAAGGACUUGGUGUACUGUGUAGAUAUUGCGCAGCUUCUGCUGAAGCUUGGAGUGCCACAGUACGAACCCAAAGAUUGGAGACUGUUCAUUGACAGCAGCAAGCGAUCACUGAAAUGUGUUCUGCUACACAAUGGCAACCAGUUUGCCUCUAUACCCCUGGCUCACUCGAGUACACUGAAGGAGAACUCUGAAGCGGUGAAGUAUGUGCUGGAGAAAAUUGGUUAUGAUCAGCAUAAGUGGUUUAUUUGUCUUGACCUGAAGAUGGUGAACUUUUUGUCGGGACAACAGUCUGGCUUCACCAAGUACCCAUGUUUUCUGUGCAUGUGGGAUAGUAGGGAAGAAAGACUGGCCUGUGUGGGAGGAAUUGGUGCCUUGCAAAAAAAGGAACGUCAUCAACGACCCUCUGGUGGACAGAGACGGAAUACUCUUCCCACCACUGCACAUCAAGCUCGGCUUAAUCAAGCAGUUCACCAAGGCUCUGGACAAGGAUGGUGACUGCUUCACUUACUUAUGCCAGGCUUUUCCAGGAUUGACCAUGGAGAAGUUGAAAGCUGACAUCUUUGACGGUCCUCAGAUCCGUCAGCUCAUCAGAGAUCCAGAGUUCGGAAACUCAAUGAACGAAGUGGAACUGGAAGUGUGGAAGGCAUUUGUUCUGGUAGUGAAGAACUUUCUUGGCAACAGUAAGGCCAGAAACUACGCAGAACUUGUCAACAACAUGCUGACUGCUUUCAGAAACCUGGGCUGCAACAUGAGUGUCAAGAUGCACUACCUAUUUUCACAUAUGGCCCGGUUUCCUGAGAACCUGGGUUCAAUGAGUGACGAGCAGGGGGAGAGAUUCCAUCAGGACAUGAAAGAGAUGGAGACCAGGUAUCAGGCUCGCUGGGACGCAGUCAUGAUGGCUGACUACUGUUGGACUCUGAAGAGAGACCUCCCUUCCGCUGAGCAUUCCAAGAGUUCCAAGAAAUGGAAGUUCAAGCCCUGAAGUUUGAAAAAUGGUGAAGCAACAUGCAAUUUACGUGUACUUACCUUUAUCAAUGCUCACCAUUCAGUUUACAGUAAACCUGACCUGAUGGAGAGAAACGGAUGCCAUUUUCUGAUUCAGCAGUGCAAAAAUACCCUAAAUCAGUUGUAGAAAUCUAGACAACAUUUAAAAAGUAAAAAAUUGUUACCCAGUGUAAUCCUUUAAAGCCUUUCCACUCCACUGCAGUAUCUUGCUGCAGCUAUUAACACUAGUAAAUGAGUUGCAAGGCAUGAUGUUGAUCAAACAGCUGUGAUAACCCUAAUCAGAUUAUAUGAUUUACAGUUCUCUUUUGAUAUCUUUUACUGCUUCUGUUCACCUCAGCUGAAGUAAGAGGAGUUUGGCUUAUGCAUCAUGCAGAUACUUUCUGUAUACCCUACCUUAUCCCACUUCUGCUAGGAAGGAAUUGAUGGCAUGCAAUCCCUUUGGAGUUCUGUUCUUUUCUUGCCAAAAUUAGGAACUGCUUUACAAAAUCUGAUUCUUUCAAUCUACAUUCAUCUGCCAUUCCUCUUUUAUCGGUGGUUCUUCCUGCUUCCAUUUAUGUGCCAAUAAUACUCUUGCUGCAGUUGUUGCAUAUAAAAACAGUUUUUUAUCUUGUCUUUUAAUGUCAGUGCCUACAAUACCAAGUAAAAAUGCUUCUGGUUUUUUUUUGUAAAUGUAUAUUUCAACAUCUUUUUCAUCUCAUUAUAAAUCAUUUCCCAGAAGCAUUUCACUUUCUUACAUUCCCACCACAGAUGAUAAAAAGUGCCUUCCUUUUCCUUACAUUUCCAACAUUUAUUACUUAUUUUAUACAUUUUAGCUAAUUUCACUGGUGCAAUAUACCAUCUAUACAUCAUUUUGAUUACAUUUUCUUUCAAAGCAUUGCAUGCAGUAAAUUUUCUUCCUUCUUUCCAUAAUUUCUCCCAGUCUUUUACUGUAUAUUACAGUGGUACCUCAGGUUACAUACGCUUCAGGUUACAUACGCUUCAGGUUACACACUCCGCUAGCCCAGAAAUAGUGCUUCAGGUUAAGAACUUUGCUUCAGGAUAAGAACAGAAAUCGGGCUCCAGCAGCGGAGCGGCAGCAGGAGGCCCCAUUAGCUAAAGUGGUGCUUCAGGUUAAGAACAGUUUCAGGUUAAGAACGGACCUCUGGAACAAAUUAAGUACUUAACCCGAGGUACCACUGUAUAACCAAAAUCUUUGGCCCAAUGUAUCAUAACCGACUUAACCUCUUCAUCUUUCAAAUGCUAUUCCAACAGCAAUUUAUACAUUUUUUACAAUGUUUUAAAUUUGUUAUUAAAUUUGUUAUUUGUUCUCUUGAAACACUAGCAGUCCUUUCAUAAUGACCAGGUCGCCUGCCUUCCUAUGAAGCCAAUUGUCUAUAAGAAUUUUCAGAAAAGCCCUGUCAGUAUCUGGAUAGUGUUUUCAAGGGACAUGGAAGAAUGUUUUGGCUGUGACUGCACUCAGGCUGGAAUUCCCUUCCUUGUGAGAGCUGAUGGCACUUUCUGCCUGUUUAGACAAGCCUUUGGCCUCAUUAUUCACCACUCCCAUUUACGUGAUUUAUAACCUGCCUUCUAAGAAGUUCCUAGCUGAGUUAAGUGGCUUUAGGAUUAAUCCUCCUCCUGUAUUUGUCAUACUGUAAUUUUACAUAGUUUUGUUGUCUACCUCAUGCUAAGUGCAGAAAUAUAGAAGUAAAGUGCCAAGGACAAUUCUGUGAUUUAACCAGUCAUCCCUGGCCAAACUGAUAUUUCAUCUCUCUAGGAUUUCAUUCAAGAGUUGUUUUUGGUUUGAAGGACUGAACACACCAUAUUUGCACAGCUCACUAAAAUCCUGGAUUUAUUUGCAAUUUAAAACCCUUCAAGAUUUUGGUGUAUUUUGCAGUUGUCUGUGCAGUCAAUGCACUUUCUGCUCAUGUGGUCAAUAAAGACUUGGAUGAAAUAAUUGGUGAUUUUCGAGGUUUCUACCGGCAGCUCACCAGUGAUGGGCAACUCCGAUGGGUAAGAUACUUUUCAGCAUUUUGGAAUAAGGCUAAUGCAUGAAUGCAAAAGUGUCUGUGUAAGAAAAAAUAACUGGAAAGCUAUUUACUGUAUUGGCCCAAAUAUAAGCCGCACCCGCAAAUAAGCCGCACCUUUAAAAUACAAAGGGGGAAAAGAAAAAAAAUACAAUACCCGAAUAUAAGCUACUCCCUUAAAAUUGGGUUACAGGCUGAAAAUCACUGCAGUUGGUAGAAUUGUAACUCCAAGCCAAUUUAAGCCUUUGAUCUUGCAAGCCUGCAAAAGUUACCAUACAAUUGCUAAAAUCGCAAAUUGCUGUCCAGUUGCUACAAUUCCACAAGCACUCACUCCUGUAAAUCAUAAAUGAACAGUCUCAAGCUCACAAAUUGGCAAAAAAAAAAUUUUGUUCCAUUUUACCGUAUGUCUGUUUCAGCAACGAUACUGUAAAAUCCAAUUUUUGUAAUCCGCACUUUUAACUUUUCAUGUUCGGAAUUUGGAAAAAAAAGUGCGGCUUAUAUUUGGGCCAGUACGGUAGGUAUUGAUCCUGCCAUCAGACAUGUAUUACCAAGUAAAGCAGAUCUGACUUGGUGCAACCUAAGACUUAGGUUCAACAUUGCUUGUAUUCUUGUAUUCGUGGCAACGUCACAUGCUCUCACUCAGCCCCGUUUAUUGACUUACACAUUUUCAACAAAUAUUCACAAAAUGCCACUAUUGUACUAACCCCAAACAAUGCAGGGACAUUGCUAAGUGAGAUGCGCCCAUCAUGUUAUGGUUUUGUACAAGCCUAUGUAUAUGUUUGUGCUGGGUGUGCUGGAAAAUACCAGCUGUACUUUAAUACACCUUGGAAUAUAAUUGACCUCAAUUUAUCUAAAUCUCAAAGGGCUGAUUUGCAUGACAUGGAAAGCCAAACUCUGACUUACCAAGAAUGUGUGGGAUCCUGGAGAGGAGUGCUCAACCACUUCAUUCCUCCCCAGUCCUUUUUGCUUCUGUGAUGGGCAGAGCUAAGCUCAGUGCAAGCGGGUAAGUUUUAUGCUCGCUUGGUGAGGCAAGGUUUGUUCUUGGUUACAGCUUACAGUUAGUGAGGAGAGAACUUAACCAGGAGUCCCUGUUCAGAGGGCGUGCUAAACCAUAUAUUUGCAUGGUGGUAAAAUUGACCAGGGAGGAACAAAGUGGUUGUGAAACAUCUAUUUGGGAGCCUGCAGGGUUUGCAGUCUCUCUCCAAGGUAGUUUGGCUUAACGUAUCAUGCAACUCCCCUUCACUGUUUGCUUCCAUACAAAUAUGUAUUUACAGCAAGUCUGGGAACCAAGAAUUAUAGGCUUACAGAACUGCAAGGAGACAUGUAGCUGCUUAUUCCAUAAAAGGAUAUCCUUGCUCAACCUUUUCUUGAUAUCUUUCAAGCAAGGAGGCUGCCUUAGCUAGAUUAUUCUAAAUGCUUUAGAUACCUUGUAGGCCUUUUGGGAGAGUCUUGUCAUACUUAUCUCUUCAUGGCUACCAUAAUAUAUUGACGACAUCCUUUUGUUGACAGAUUGGUCCUGAGAAAGGAGCUGUGCAUUUAGCCACGGCUGCUAUUCUGAAUGCGGUCUGGGACUUGUGGGCCAAACAGGAAGGGAAGGUAAUGAAUUGGAAACAAGUGGACAAGACUAUCACAGUUUAGUCCACCUCCCAACUAUUCUGUUUUUCCAUGAAUGGAAGGGUAGGACUUUUCCUAAUUUCAGGUGGCUGAUGUAUUUAUAUCAUUGAUAUUCUAUCAUUUGGAUUUGCCCUCAAGAGACACACGUGUGGUGGGUGGGUGUUGCCCACCAGUGGUCAUGACUGGAGCCAGUAGUGGGAAUAGCCAGAACUGGUGCAAACCAUACCUUCAAAUGGACAUAGCAGGGCUCAUAGCGAGCUGUUUGAAGGUGUGCUGUUAGCACCAAUCAGCUGACUGAGGUAAAAAUGCAUCUUCUUUUUUUUUGAAAAUAAUAUUUAUUACUUUUCCAACAAUUUAAACACUACAAAAACAAUACAAUACAAUACAAAAGCAUUACAUAACACUAACACAUUAAACUAACAAAACAAAACAAAAACAGUUUAAAACACAUCAAACAAUUUCAAUAUCUUAUCUUUCAUUCACUUAUUUCCACGACCUCCUCACACCUCCCUUUUUGUAUUCCACUUCUGUUAAUUGUUUCAGCAAUUCCUUUCCAUCUUCCUGUUUUCUAUCCUAUAAUUAUCUUAACACAUUCUAACCUUAUUUUUUCCUUUAAUACUCUAUUAAUCUAUUUAUACUUAAUUCCUUAUAACAUUUCUACUAAAGCCAUAUAACUUCAUUCCAACAUUUUUCUAACAUUCAUUAAUUUUACAGUAUUUCUGUAAAUAGUCUUUAAACUUUUUCCAGUCUUCUUGCACCAACUCUUCUCCAGUAAAAAUGCAUCUUCAAAGGGGCUCACUGACAGCAGCGAUCAGUUCCAAGGCAUGGUUGCAUCUCUACCUCCUUCAAGGCAGCUGAGACGCUCAGUCAUCUCUCUCCUAGAAUCAUAGAAUUGUAGAGCUGAAAGGGACCCUGAGAACCAUCUAGCUCAAUUCCCUGCAAUGCAGGAAUAUGCAGCUGUGCCAUACAGAGAUUGAACCUGCAAUCUUGGCAUUAUCAGCACCAUGCUGUAACCAACUGAGCUGCCCAGGCCUGCCAGUUCUCAAUAGUCAUGAGAGGCAAAGGUUGAGCAAACAGAUGGCAGGUUGUAGCACUCCAUACCUUGCCAGUAUUCUUAGGCUGCAUCAGCUCAAAGUAUCCAAAUGGAAAUGCCUUGUUAGUUCCCAUAAUGCAUUCUGUUAUUGACUGCUACCACAGUGACAUCUGAGCUUGAGUGUAUCUGCAUGGCCAAAUACAUGCAGAGUGUAAGAAAAAUCCAGAGGUGCUCCUUAAAAUACUGGGGAACUAGCCACAGAGUCAGGGCAAAGCCCCUCAUCACCUUGGCCAGCCUGUCAGAGGAAAGCAAGCAGCCUCUAACCUGUGCAUUCAGCAUCCUGGGCCCCUGCAGAGAGCAUGUUAACAGAAAUGACUAGUAUCAUCCAGUUGCAAAAUGCAGGUGUUGUACUUAAUGGAAUCUGAGCACCAAUUCAUAACAAUUCCUGGCUCGCAUGUCAAAGAAUAUAAGCAGCUGUCUUUCUGUAACCUGUUCAUUUACCCUAACAGCUGCUAUAAGUGUUCAAACACAGGGAUGAGGAAAAUCUGUCCCCCUUCAGAUUUUGUUGGAAUACAUCUCCUAUCAUCUCAGGCUGUCAGUCAUGGCUGCAGCUGAUGGGACUUGGAGUCCAACAACAGACCUCCCCUCCCUCAGACCUGACAUAGCAACUUUAAAUAUUUCAAUCUCUCUCUCUCAUUUUUUUUAAAGCCACUCUGGAAACUGCUUGUUGACAUGGUAAGAAAAAAAACUGUAUUAGUAAUUGUUUAUUCAUGUCCUUGCUGUGCUAAAGUAAUGGUAUAAAGCUAUGGUUACAAAUUACGACCUUUCACUAGUUAAAUAGUUUGUGGCAAAAAUCCACAAAGUCUUCUGAGUCCUGUGGACUACACAGUUUACUUGCCAUCUCUGUGCUUCCUGCAUUGCUGUGCAAACAAUUGUCCAUGAACAAAUGCUAUACCAGAUGUUAGUUGGCAUUUAUAGUGCUCAUUUUUUAAAAAAAGUGCAGUAAGAAAGAAAUGCCAUGAUUGUCAAUAUUACAAUAGAAAUCUAUAUUUAUGUUAUUUUUAAGUUGGUUGGUGUGUAAAUUGAUAUCACUAAACAUUUGAGGUAUAAGUAAUCAAAGAAAAGUAAGCAAAUAGCUAUUUAAAUUUGUGUACUAUUUUGGUCCUCAAAAAGGAAUCUAGCGUAUUUUCAUUAUUUGUUUUCCUGUAGCACCAUCUAUAUACAGAGCACUCUAUAAAGAACAAGUUUGACAGGUCCUUAUUCCAAGAGGCUAAUAUAUAUACAUGAUCCACAUCCAAAAUUGUACAGCCUGCAUGUUUUGGUAUUUGUUGCAUCAGGUUACUCGUUUGAAUGUCAAUUCUGCAGCUUGUUAUGCUGCUUGUUUGCAUUUGCCUCUAUGCACAGGGCUUUCUCAAUGAAUGUUUGCUGUGUUGAGGUCCUAUGUCUAUACAAACCAGAUUCUAAAGAUCAGUGGUUUUCAAUUCAUGUGCCACAUCAGAUUACACCCCUGGCUGAGCAAAGUUCCACUUUACCAAUGCUGCCCUUGCAUUGUUUUGUUGGUUUAAGCAGAGGAUUUGUUCUAUAUUUUUAUUGUUUGUGUUUAUAUGGUUUUUGUCCUGGCCUUCAGCUAGCACAAUAAACUUCUCGAACUUCAACCAAUGCCACCCAGUGGGAGAGUACAGAAAAGCAUCGGUGUGCUUUGUAUGUGUGCAACAAUAUCGGCAUUGAAACUCACAGUUGGUUUCAAACUUGGUCCUUUUGUUAUUUUGCUUCCACCAUUGUAAGGUGCCAGGAUAUUUCCAGAGUAGGACGUUGUGGCUCAGAUCUUGCUCUGGUCACAGCCAGCAAAGGUGCACAUGUGAUUAGUGACUCUGGGUGGGCAUGCAUCAACAGACCUCUGAACACACAAACCUGUUUCUGUGCAUGGAAAAUGUCUCUUGGACUGGGUUAAUCAUACAUGGUGUUUCACUUCUCAAAUAAUACAACAAUUUGAUUCCUUUUUCCUAACCAGGAUCCCAAACAGUUGUUAUCUUGCAUAGAUUUCAGAUAUAUUACAGAUGCCUUGACAGAAGAAGAAGCUCUCAGUAAGUUAUUUUUAUAGGCCGCAAAACCUACAUUCACUUACUUUAGGUUAGCCCUACUGAUUUCGUUCUGUUAACCAAGUCCGGAAAUUUAAUAUUCAGUAAUUAGUAACAGGAGUGCUUUUUCUCAGUACAGUGGUACCUUGGUUCUCAAACUUACCGUAAUCCGUUCUGGAAGUCAGUUCCAAAACCAAGGUUUGCUUUCCCAUAGAAAGUAAUGCAAAAUGGAUUAAUCUGUUCCAGACUUUUAAAAACAACCCCUAAAACAGCAAUUUAACAUGAAUUUAACUAUCUCACGAGACCAUUGAUCCAUAAAAUGAAAGCAAUAAACAAUGUAUUGCAGUCACACAAUCAAUCAGUAGCUAAACUGGGUUCCACACAGUCACAAAAACAAAACAAAAAAGGCACAAAAACAAAAACACAAAAUAAAUAGCAAAACCAGACAGACACUCAAAACGGAGCACGUUUGGCUUCUGAAAAAUGUUCGCAAACUGUAACACUUCCGGGUUUGCAGUGUUUGGGUUCCAAGUUGUUUGAGUACCAAGGUGUUUGAGAACCAAGGUACCACUGUACUUAAUGUGCUUUACCUCCAUUAGCUCAGUAAACUUUUAAACUAUUCUUAGAGCAGCCCACUACAACCAUCUCUUCCCUGUUUAGGGAAGUUUUAAAUGUUUGAAGUUUUAUUCUGUUUUUAGUCCUCUGUUGGGAGCUGCCCAGAGUGACUGGGGAAACCCAGCCAGAAGGGCGGGGUAUAAAGAAUAAAACUAUGUUUAUUAUUAUUUCCAAAUGGGGAGGUUUUGAAAAUGCAGAGGUUGAAAAUGAAUGGCUUACCUAUGACACCCUGCCACCAGUGAAUCUGUGACUAAGCAGAGGUUUAAACUGUGAACUGUACUUCAUGGCUCAUUCUUUAGGCUUCAGUGUAACAACAGCUCAGAGUAUAGACCCUGUAAUUAUUUGUACAGCAAGUGCACUUCCAUGUAAUUUUGCUUUAUAAAAAUAGCACUCUUUAUAAAUAAAGAUAGGAAUGACAUUGCAUUUUGGUUUUAACAUUGUGCUUUCUCUUUCCAUUUCACUAGCAAUCCUUCAAAGUGGCCUAGUGGGGAAAAAACAAAGAGGUAAGCAGAACAACCCUUCCUUCUGCUGUUAGUUGAUUAUUAGUUUGACUCCCAAAAGGUUAUUCUGAAACUUGAUAUGGGAAACGGCCACUGAUGUCUCACAUGCAUAGCGACAUAGCCUUCUUUUUCUUUCUUCUUAAAACAGGGAGUCUGUGGCCCUCCAAAUGUUGUUGGACUCCCACCUUCCCUGACUAUUGGCCAUGCUGGCUGGCGAUGAGGAGAGUUGCGAAUCCAACAACAAAUGGUGGUUCCUCAACCCUUCUUUAAAGGCAGCAUUUGGAAACUCUUAGCUACUUACAGGCAAAGCAGUGGGAAAUGACCCUGUGGGAAUCCAGGCUUUUCAUUCAUCCUAGAGGUCUUUUAAAACAUUUUUACUUUAGUGUCCAGUUGUUGUAGGGAAUCCAGAUGUGUUUUCCCAGGGUAGUGAUUCUGUUGCAAGGAAAUUUCAUUUAAAUUGCUGGUGGUGACGUUCUGCCUCUUUGUAGAAGAACAAAUGUUGGAAUGCGGCUACCCAGCUUAUACCACAUCGUGUGCUUGGCUAGGCUAUCCAGACCAACAACUGAAACAGGUUUGGUUCUUCCGCACUCUUUCCGUUUAGACUUCUGCUUUGAGUUCAGAUGCACAAAAGAUGAGCAAACAUAAUUGCUUUAGGCAGUACAGAGGAAGAGUCAGAAGCAAAUUCCAUUUUCAAAUGUAGCUGUCAGAUAUUGUCAUUUUUUUGGCAUGCACAUGGGUCACUGUUGCUCUUAGACCGGUUCACACUAGGGAUGGAGGAGAAAUUUGAUCCAGUUUGCAUUAAAAUACGAACUUUGCUAAUGCAGAGUUUCCAAAAUAAUAUGCAAAUGGAAACACAGCCACCGUUCAGACCUUUUAAAACCAAGUAAUGUGUGCAAAAAUGCAUAUACUGGGAUACUGUGUCCAUAAAAAUGCAUGUAUUAAUAAAAAUAGCAUUCAGAAAUGCAUUAUUUCAGGGGAAAGUGCUUUACAAAAAUAUGUCUCUAGGCAUGAUUGCAUACAAAAAGGUGUAAAUUAGGAGACGUGCACUAAUGCUGUUGGAUUUUCACAAGGAUUUUUUAUUAUUAUUGCAAAGUGUUGAAAUGUGGAGAACUGAAUUUAGGACUAAAAACGAGAAACUGAGAGGGAACGAAAUUGCAGAGAUGGGCAAAUCUGUCCAAUUUUCCCUGGCUGUUUUAUGUGGGUGGGAUAUGGAAACAAGUCUUAAAGGGUUUGUUCUUUCUCCUUCUGUGCAUAGAACAAUUUAUAUGAAUCAUGGUCCAUGUGUGGUAACGCCGGUUUAAGUAGAUAUUGCUCCCAUGAUCCAUUUGCCCCUCUUUUGUGACAGAUAGAUCUCCCAGGAUAGACUCUCCCUUCAAUUCUGCAUUCUGUGUGGGUAGACACACUUGUAUUGUACACAUACAGGGAUUGUGUGAAAUGACAAUUUCUUCUCACUCCCUGCUUUUUAAGUCUUUGCAAACCUGGUGCCCUCCAGAUGUUUUUGAACUAUACAACUCCCAUCAGCUCCAGCCAGCAUAACUGUGUUGACUGAGGCUGAUGGGAGUUGCAUUCCAAAAUAUUUGGAGGGUACCAGUUUUGCAGAGGCGGCUCUAGACCGGUGAACCUAAAAAGCAAUAAAUCUUAAAUCACGCUAAGCGAGUGAACUCACUAUUAACCUGUGAAAUACACUGCUAUGAAAGACGAGACAAUAAAACCAACAGAUUCUGACGGUUCGGCUAAGAGUCCUUUUGUACAAAUGGUUGCUCAUGUGUACUGUAUGUGUGUGACAGAUGUAACUUUCUUGGCAGCUUUGUACUGAAGCGCUGAAGGAUGGUUGGACCAGGUAUAGUCAAUUUAUAUUGAAUACUUCACUUCUAGUUUUAUAAGAUAUACAUAACAGGCAAGUUCUGGUUUGUCAGGAAGUUAUUGAUUUGCUUCCAAAGUGGGCUACACAAUUGCUGCUUUAUGUACAUACAGGCACUGUCAGGAGCUCAUCCUACACUCGAGUAGGACCCUGGCAGAGGCACAUGCCUGACUGGCAUGUUCUCUCCCUCCUGGUCGUUCAUUCGGGAGCUUCAAAGGCUUUUUUUCAGCCCGAACAUCACAGCAACCAAUGCCAACAGACACCAACACACUUAGGGAUCUGCAGAGUAUUCGCAGUUGGCAUAACAGACCUCAGCAACUCAGCAUUUUGGCUAAUCUACUUUAUUUAAAUAUAAACACGCACGGAGCACUGCAACAUGGCUCCCUCUCUCUCUAGCAUCAGACAGCAAGGAGAGAUAAUGAAGGACAAUAGUCCCACAUCACAGAACACAGUAACACAAACAUCCUGUCUCCGUCACUUCCCACUUUGUGGAGUCAAAACAUACACCGUCAUGUGAUAGACAACAAUCCUAUGACUGCAAUCACGGAGGAGGAAUUCUAACAGGCACUACAUCCAAAAGUUGCAGUCAUGGUUGGUAGUUCAUCUGACCACCUGCUGCCUUCAUUUUUUUUCGCUUCCUGGGAGGUAGGGGGUAGGGGCAAGGCAGGGGCAAGGCCUGCAUGGUACCAGCAGUGUGUGCGUUUGCACUGGACAGACCUUAACUGCCAUAUCCCACAUACCCACCCUCCUGGUGAGAAGCAGCAACACAGGUGAUGGGCGAUCAGGUGAGGACCACCAACCACUACAGCAAAGUUGUUGCCGUCAGCUUUGACAGCUCAGCUCAAUUGCUGGGCUGAAAGAAAGAAGAAAUGACUGUCUUUCUGCACCUCAAACAGGUGAGCAGCACAGCUGGUCCCUUUGUUCUGCAUUGCAGGAGUAUCUGAGCAUGUGCAUACAUGUGUAGUGGAGGCAAGCUGUAUCUCCAGUGCACACAGAAACCAACCUAGAACGUCAAUCUAGGAUUUACGUUUCACCCUAACUGAAUCAGGGCAUUGGACUCAGUCCUACAUCAAGUUACUCAUGCUCACAUAUCACCGAGUCCACCAGUUGGCAUGGAUUUACAUGAGAUGUUUUUACACAACAACAGUUGUUCUUGUUCAUAUUGCUUCUGAAGUUCAGAGUUGGAGAGUAGAGUAUAAACUUUUCCAGUUUGGAACUCCUAGGCUAAUUCUGAGCCCAAACCCAGUCUUUCACAAGUUCAGUCUCAGUUCACAAUUAGUUCAUCUCUUAACAACAGCGUUCCUCAGUGCCACAGACACCCAUUUCCCAUUCUUUCAAAAUAUAAAUACACACACACCUGGAAGAGGUGCCUGUAAGAAAGGCUGUUCCUUCAGAAGUCUUAAGUGGCAGCAACAUUGUGGGCACCAAGACUCCUGGGAAAUAUAGUUUCUCACACUUUGCAGAUCAUUUCUAAGAACUUGGGAUCCUUGCAUUCAGAACAUUGUUACUACAGCAGUUAAGUAAUCAAGGCUCCUGAAGCAGGCCUUAAAAAGUAACAUUUCAUGAUAAAUUGUGGGAGAAAGUAGAAAGGGGCAUCAGGAGUGCUUUUAGAGAGUCUAGGAGUAGGAGGCCUUAAUUCCUUGAGUUCCUGUGGGUGUGUUUUACAAGGAUAUUGUGGGAGAGAAGUCUUCUAGGCCUGCAACAAGUUACAGAGUACAUGAUGGGCCAGUUUAAAACAAAUUAAUUCUGCCCCAAUCUAAACUGAGUCUAUAUUAUCUCCUUCUAGGCGAGCAAAGACUCAGUUUAGCCUUGAAGAGCUAGCCCUUGUCCAGUUCUCAUUUUUAUGCUGUUACAUAAAAGAUAAAAGAAAUGAGUGAUCAUAGAAGAAGAAAAAAGCUGUUACAAACUUUUAGCCAUCUUAAUUUUAUUACAAAUGUGUCCCUAGGUUCAAAGUAAAAGUUGGAGCGGAUCUCCAGGAUGACAUUCGGAGAUGUAGACUUGUUAGAGAAAUGAUUGGUCCUGAAAAUAUACUGGUAUAUAUCACAUAUCUAGGGCUAUGUUUUGUUGUAAUAUCAUGCUGCCUGUCACUGUCAAUCAUGUGGAUGGUUGGAAUCCAUCCCUAUGUUGGGGUGGAAAGUAACCAGCCAUUGAUUUUGGCCAGGCUUCCUCUACCUCGGCCCUCCAGAUGUUUUAAGACUACAAUUCCCAUCAUCCCUGACCACUGGUCCUGUAGGCCAAAAAACAUCUAGAGGGCCGAGGUUGAGGAAGCCUGCUUUGCACAUACUGACAAAUCUGAGUCUCUUUAUUUUUUGGAAUCAGCUUUGAUGAACUUAAUGUUUAAAAAUAUACAUUUUAGUUAUGUGGCCCUCCAAAACUUUCUUCAGGCACUAUCUUUAGUACAGUGGUACCUCGGGUUAGACGCUUCAGGUUGCGCGUUUUCGGGUUGCGCACCGCACCGAACCCGGAAGUAUCGGAACGGGUUACUUCCAGGUUUCUGCACUCGCACAUGCGCAGAAACACUAAAUUGCGCUUUGCGCAUGCACAGAAUUGCGACCCAUGCGUACGCAGACAUGGCGCUGCAGGUUGCGAACAUGCCUCCCACACAGAUCACGUUCGCAACCCGAGGUUCCACUGUAUUGUAUUUUGUUUUCUUAUUCAUUGUAAUAAGGUUAACACAUUGUGUGCAUUUACUUGCAAGCAAGUCCGACUGAAGCAUGCACAGGACUGCAGUCUUAGCCAAAGCAUAACUGCUAGGAUUUUUCACUACAUUUGAGUCCUGUGUUGGUCAUAGUUAAUUAGGACUUUGUUUCUUUAGAAUAAAUGUGUAGUUUGGAGAAUUGGGUACAUUAUUUCUUCCUACUUCAAUAGAAAAUGCUAGCCAGCAGAUACUAGAUGAUUCAAAUUGUUUAACACCUCAGCAGCAUGAACCUAGCAUGUGUCAUAAGAAAAGCUUGACUCAAAUUCUCCUUACUUUCCAUCUGUCUAAAAUCAACAUUACCAUUGUUACAACACUGAGUUCAAUGACAUAGUUGAGUGAAUGCAGUCUGUAACUAUUCUCAGAUGCUGGACGCUAACCAAAGAUGGGAAGUGAAAGAAGCCAUAGAAUGGGUCACAAAACUAGCUGAAUUCAAGCCACUGUGGAUCGAGGAACCAACUUCCCCUGACGAUAUUCUUGGGCACGCAACCAUUGCCAAGGUCAGAGGAGUUGUUUUCCAUUUUGGUGAGAUGACAACGUAAUGUAGAUCUAGGAUUUAUGUUUUGUCCCAACGGAAUCAGGGCAUUGGACUCUCUACAUAACAGAGAACUUUGAUGAUUUAUUGACUUGUGGUUUUCUUUAGAACACUCAGAAUUCAGGCUCAAACAGUUGUCAAAAGUCAUUAACAUCUACUUGCUACAAUAUCCUGUCACACAUGCAGCAUAUAUUCCAUUAAACUUUAAAUGAGUAACAUAUUUGUGAAGGCUAAUAAAAGACUGAAAAAUAUAUACAUCCGUGUGCAAGCCAACCAGCAAUGCUCCUAAAAUGCAUGUGAUUCAAGCACUCUUUAAUAUGUUUGGCCUGAAGUUCAAAUUAUAUGAGAAAUAUAAUACUAGCCAAGGAUGUGUGAUCAAAACUUAUUAGAGCACCAGUGGUCUCGCAUGUACACCAUAGCCAAAAUCCAGCACCAAGUUAGUAAUGGUUAAGCACCAUUGAUUUCAGUGGGAUUUGUGUGCAUAACUGUGCUCAGUUACAGUCCAAGGAUAUUCCAUAUGGUCGCACACACCCGCUUAUGUAAUUCUUCACACCUAAUUGAUUAAGCAAAUAAAGUAUCAACUGUGCUAAUAAUUCUAUCAUUUCCUUUAGCUUUCUUCUAAUUGUAUGAAAUGAUUGCUGAACCAUUACAUUUUGUUUCCCCCCUGUGAAUAUCUGGAUUUGGAAAAACUCAGAAACCUAUGGCAUGUCACAAGCUGUUCUUGUUUUUAGGCUUUAGCGCCAUUAGGGAUUGGUGUUGCAACAGGAGAACAAGUAAGUUUCCUUAUAAAUGUCUUAUUUUAUAUUAGUUGUCUUGGAAGCCAUUCCAUCGAACUUUGCUGAAAUGAGUGAUUGGGUAAAAUCUUCCCAUCACAUUUCCUUGAACUGAAAUAUUUGUUUAUGAGAAAGCACCAAAUAAAGUGUGCCUGUCAGCUAGGGAUCCAAAGUUAAUUUACAGAGCAAUGCAAUAGAUGUCUAAUUGGAAGUAAGCCCCCUGGAAUUCAAUGGGACUUUCUCCCAGGGAAGAACAUACUGCAACCUUAAGGAAAUUCAUGGAAGGAAAGUUUCCUGUCCCCUUCAUUCUCCUACAAAAAGUAUCUCUGGAGGGCUAGGAUGAUGGUGGUGCCAGAACUAUGUGGAAUGGAUCUGUGGGGAGGAAACUCUCUUUAAAAAAAAUUAUGCUAACUUAUCUUAGGAGCCGUGACAAUUGUGAUAAAAUGUUACAUUCAAAGCUUUGCUUGGAAAAUAUUUCCUUGUACUACUACUUAAAAUUUAAACAACUUAUGGAAGUAUAUUUACUGAAUUGUCAUUUAAGGAAAAAAAAUGGAACAAAUCAAAAUUGUCAAGAAACCAGUUUUAGCACACCUGAAGUGCUAUGUAUUUUAUACAGUGGUACCUCGGGUUACAGACGCUUCAGGUUACAGACUCCGCUAACCCAGAAAUAAAACAUUGGGUUAAGAACUUUGCUUCAGGAUGAGAACAGAAAUUGCGCGGCAGUGGGAGGCCCCAUUAGCUAAAGUGGUGCUUCAGGUUAAGAAGAGUUUCAGGUUAAGAACGGACCUCCGGAACGAAUUAAGUACAUAACCCGAGGUACCACUGUAUUUAAAUAUGCAUGCAUGCUUCUUUGGGGCAGUCACCUUAGAUAUGUUAAUUACAACUGUAUUCGUUUGUUUUAUGAGUGUGCAUUGCUAAAAAUAACACCCUGUUCCAUUCCUCAUAUAAUUUAAAGCCUUCAUAUGGAACAGGGCACAGAAUCUUUUCAGUUGUCUCUUCAGCUGUUUUUUUUUAGGAUGCAGAAAUUCAAUAUGCAUUGCUUUAAAAGGCAACAACAGCAUAGUCUCUAUAAUAAAAUGCUGUCGUUUCUAUAUAUUUUAAGCUAACCUUCAAAUAUUUUGAUCUUAUUUGGGCUAAGCAAUUUUUUUUCAUCAUCUGCAGUGCCAUAACAGAGUGAUAUUUAAGCAGCUCCUGCAGGCUCAGGCCUUGAGUUACAUCCAGGUGGAUAGUUGCAGGUUGGGCAGUGUCAAUGAAAACUUGUCUGUGCUGCUGAUGGCCAAGAAAUUUCAAGGUAAGGCUCUUGAAAAUUCUGCUGUAAAAGUACUAGGUGUGUUUUCUGGUCAUUUCUCCUGCUGGCAUAGCAUUUGGUUUUCUGUAUGUAAGCAUGAUUUUUAUGUGAUUUUUUUAAUAGCAGAAGUAGGUAGUAUUAGGGGAGUUUGGCUUUUUCCCGGAAUCAUCUAUGAUAAAUAUAUUUUUAAAAGGCUAAAGGAAUGAAUUAAGUGCCACAAAGCAUAUUUUAGGCUAGAGGGAUGACAAGUUGUGUUGUCUUGUCAGCAGUGCUAAUGCAGCUUAUAUCCUUUGUUUUCAGUCCCUGUGUGUCCUCAUGCUGGAGGGGUUGGGCUCUGUGAGCUGGUACAGCACUUGAUAAUAUUUGACUACAUUUCAAUAUCUGGUAGCCUUGAGAACAGGUUAGUAGUAGUAUUUAUCUGAUUCUUCCCUAUUGGAACAGUCUCCAAGAGUCUUGGCUUUUGACUCUUGGACCCGAUGCCUAGGUUCUGGUGUUUGAUCAAUCAUACAUAUGAUCUUUUUGAUAGAGAAAUUCAGGAUAAAGCUUUACCCUUUGCCACAACCGUAGCCCUGGUUUUCAUUUUUAUCCCUCCCUUUAACCCUUGUUGUUAAUCCCAGCCAUAGUCUGAAGUCUUUCUAAAACUUUGUUUACUUAGCAAACCUGCCAUCAUACUCUCAUGUAUUUCUCAACAGUUACGGGAUCGAUUACCUGCCCACCCCAAUGUUCUUUUUAAAAAAUAUUACAAUAUUACAAUUAACUUACUAUGCUGUCAGGGCUAUCAGUAUACUAUUACUGGAAUGAACAGUGAAAUCACCACUCAGCUAAUUGGUGGGGUGUCCAUUCCAUCUUCAGCAACUUCUCAGAAUAACAGCCUUUUGCCAACAUCAUACAUUCUCUUUGUGUGUUGAUAUAGUACUUGAAGUGUUUUGUAAUAUUUGUUUUGUAUUUCCCCCUAUAUAUUUCUGUAUGUAACUAAAAUGUACAGCACUGCAAUGAUGGAGCUCAGAAGUAAUCCCACCCCCCAUGCUAUUCAUUUCUGCUCCAAGCUGGCUUUAUUUUGAUGCAGCAGUUAACGUUAUCACAGUGAAAAGCUACAACACUCAAUUUAUUAUUUAUAAUAUUUUUUGAUGGGGUAAACCUACUGGGUUACAAUGGUCUCCUUCCAUUAUUAGGAGCUCAGUAUUUCACUUUACAUAUUUCCUGGUAGCCCAACAAAUUUAAGUUAACAUUAUACUCAAAUAGCCUUUGUGUCAGAAUGUAAUACUCUUUGUUAAACUGGAGUCAUUAUGAAAUAACUUUAUUUUUUGGUAGGACUUUAAAAAGGUCUAGUGAACCAAUGUUUUCCUUUCAGGAUGUGUGAAUAUGUUGACCAUCUACAUGAACACUUCAAGUACCCUGUAGUAAUCAAGAAUGCAUCCUAUAUGCCGCCGCAGGUAUUUGUACCCCCAGAAUAUUUUCAGUGCUCCCAGAAUGCAAGUAUUUCCUCAAACCUUUAAUGGAAGCAAGAGGGAAAUCCACAUAUAUCCUAUCCACAGCAUGUGCAAGUUGUCAUUGUUUUAAAACAGCCCACAGGCUAGAUUUGGUCGCCGUGUCAUGGUAAUAUCAGGUGAUUGACAGGUAGAUGGCCCCAUACACCUGUAGGGAGUGGGCAAGUUUAGGUUCUGCUAACAGGAUCCUGUUCCCCACCCAUAAAGGAGACUCGGGACAGCUUCUGAAGUUUGGAUUAGGGCUCUUGCUGAAGCAGUGUUCAAGAAGAUUUUGCAAAUCCACAAAAUAUAUGGCUGCUUUGUAUUUACAAUUUUACUAUUGAAAUUAAGGUUCCUUGAGUAAGCUUCCAGAUGUUAGCAUUAAUUUUUGUUCACUAUAACCUAGUGAACGCUAUGCCCAAUUAAUGCAAAACACAAACCAAAAUGCAUUAUUGAAUGCAAUACGUAAGUUGCUGCUAAAUAUAUUCGCAACCUAUACAGAAGUUAACAGGUUCUGUAUCAUACUAGCUUGUUUCUAGGCAGACCUGCCAAAAUAGUGACAAAGUAGAGGUGGGGAUAUACAACCUGAAGAUGUUUAAGGCUAAUUCUAUGCACUAGUUUACAUGAAAAUUGUCUUCAGUAGCUAGAACAUAUUAUGAGGUGGCUAAUCUUUUUCACCCAAGAGUCACACCGAACGUUAGUCAUGCCUCUGAGGUCUCUAUGUCAGAGUAGGUGUGGCCAACACAGAUAUUUGUUUUCUCACCCCACAGCAAGUAGAAGAUCAGGCAGCAAGAAAAAUGGGGAUUUUGUUCUUCUUGCAGUGUCUAUUCUCCUACUAUGAUAUAGCUCCAUUACAGCUUUAGUCAUGCUUCCUGUUUCCUAAGUGCUGCAAGUUAGCCAAAGGUGCAAGAUUGUUUAAUCACCUCUGGUGAAGAGGAAUGUUUUAAAUAGAAAAAAACAAUCUAUGACCUUUUAAAUUUGUCUGUUGUUGUGCUACGUUACAGUAUUUGUGUUUUUAUCCUAUAAACUGCCCUGUGAUCUUUAUAUGAAAUGGGAAUAAUAAUAAUAAUAAUAAUAAUAAUAAUAAUAAUAAUUCGUUCUUUCAGGCAGCUGGAUAUUCCACUGAAAUGAAAGAAGAUUCUGCAAGGAAAUACCAGUUUCCACAAGGAGAAGUCUGGCAGAAGCUCCUCUGUGAACAUAAAAUACAGCUAAAAUAAGCUUAAACACUGAAAGUUUUCAGGGUGAGGUUUAAACUCCCCAGAGCUAUAUUUACCACAACAAAUGGUUGGUUUUGCUGAAGCUACAAGAUGAUUUCGGAUUCAAAUUAAUGCUUUUAGAAAGCUUUCCUCCACUUACAUAACAAGAAUAGAUUGCAGCCCCAACUAUAGAACUCCCAAUCACUUUAAGAAAAAAAAGAGCCUUUUUAAUAGUUAAGAUGAAAGGGUACAUGAUUCAUUUUUCCUGACACUGUUCCAGGAACUACAGGAUUAUAUAAUGCAAGAUUGCACUUUGAAUGUGCAUCUGCUGAGUUUAGAAGUUUCAAAUAAAGAAACGAUGACUAGAUGCUGUGUUUUGUUCUGUCAUAUAUACUAAGGAUGUUUUCAGGAAUGUCGGAGGUGGGGGAAGUGGUGUAUAGGGUAUAUCAUACAUACAAAAUUACUCAUAAAGGAGGAAGAGGCUGCUGCUUUCACCUUCUGCCAUAACUACAAUGGAAGGAGACACUGGAAGUUAUCACUACAAUUUACUAGGAACUACAGAAGUCUUCCCAAUGAAAUAUCAUUUCUAUUUGAUAGCCUAGAAUGUGGGGGAAGGGCUUGGCAUAUUAUUAUUAUUCAAUUGCCAACUACUUAUCCAACUGUUCCAUAUUUUACACAGCAUCCCCUUCCCUUUUAUUACCUUGUCAGGUAAACUUGAAACCUAUGUAAAUUAUGGUAAUAGAAUACAGGUGAUUUACAUAACACAUAUGUACUAAAGUAAUGUAUGUGUAUUUUAUUGCAUAGUUCAG